UUUUUUUUUCUUUCUUUUUUUUUUUUUUUUUUUUUUUUUUUUUUUUUUUUUUUUUUUAGAGCGUAAAUAAAAAAUAAAAAACAUCUCUUUCUUACUCAUUCAUAACAUAUAAUGAGCGAUACCGAAGAGCAGGAACAAAUAGCAAGAGCUAUUGCUUUAUCUCUAUCUGGCUUAGAAAGCAGACUAACAGAGGAAGAACGCGAAACCCAAGAUUUAAAAGAAGCGGUUGCUGCUUCUCUUGGGAAAUCCGUAGAUAGUCUUACUGCUAGAGAUAUGUUGACAGCAGGCAGUGUUUCCUAUAAACGACCGAGAGAACAGGAGCCCAUCGUAGCAGAGCAAAGAAAAGUAGUUGUACGCCGAUUUGAUUAUUCAAACCAACAGUUCUGGGACGGUGUAGUCAAACUCACCUAUGUCAAAGGAUUUGUUGGUCAAACAUUUAUUCGAUUUGAAGAUAUCGUUCAAAAAACCAAGCUGAAAAAGGCACUUGUUACUGCCUUUGUUUGUAGUAUGGACUUUAUCGAAGAUAAUUUUCCAGCAAACGUCAAUGUCUGUAUCGUAACACAUGGAAGACCUGCUACAAAAGCACAAUUAAGUCAGUAUAGAACUAUCAUUCGACCCCACCUAAAAGAUGAGAAAUUUGGUGUCUUUCAUCCUAAAAUGAUGUUAUUAUUUUAUGAAGCUCAUAUGCGAGUUGUCAUUGGUUCAGCCAAUAUGGAACGCUACGACUAUGAAGACCUUGAAAAUGUUGUAUUCAUUCAGGAUUUCCCAAAGAGAAGAAAUGAUCAACCUGCUAUUCGAACUACAUCUGAUCUCCCACCAUUUGCACGAGAUAUAUGUGAAUUAUUAGACCAUAUGCAAGUACCACCGCCUGUCAAACAUGAAUUACUACUUUAUGAUUUCGCUAAAGCGAAAGCACAUAUUGUUGCUUCUGUCUCUGGCGUAUUUGAAGGUCCUGAACAGUACAAAAAAUAUGGUCAUACACGUUUAGCAGAUGUUGUGCAAAACAUUACGGGUUUCAAUCUCGAUCCCAAGUCAUACCCUAAAGUUGAAAUGCAGACAUCUUCUUUAGGAUCAUUGAGUGUAUAUUAUUUAAACGAAUUGUACAAAUCUUUCUGUGGAAUACCAGCUUAUUUAAAUGGGAAAAUGUCUGCUCCCAUUGUCAAAAAAAACGAAAUACCUCCCAUCGAUAUCAUCUAUCCUUCUCGUGAUACAGUCCAUGAUAGUAGAUUGGGUCCUCCCGGCGCUGGAACAAUUUGCUUGAAUACAUCUACUUGGAAGAAACCAACAUUUCCUAAACAGGUCAUGUGCGAUGCCAUCAGUCAACGUCCAGGCACACUAAUGCAUUCAAAAUACAUUAUAGCCACAUUACCACAGCCCGUCUUGAAAGAUGGGAAAAAUGUGAAAGGAUGGGUCUAUUGUGGGAGCCACAAUGCAACCGUAUCUGCUUGGGGUAAAUUUACUGUAUCCAGAGAAUCCAAACAACCCAAGAUGAAUAUCAGCAAUUGGGAAUUAGGUGUGGUUUUACCGAUCCAUGAAGAUACAGACAUUCCAGCUCCCUAUCUCCGGCCAGCACCGCGUUACAGAGAUUCUCAAGAGGCAUGGACUCAAAACAUGGAGUGGUAAAAUAAACCGUCUUUAGUUUAAUUGUAUAGCUCAUCAUAAAUCCUACUUGAGAAUCAAUAAAGAAAAAUGCACAAAUAUUUGAGUCCGACUUUUUUUUUUCGUCUUCUUUUUCUCUUCGUUACAGAUAAUACUCAUGAUUUCAUUAAUUGGAUCAGAC